GGAGCGCUGGAUGCGGCCGCGGCCGUGGCCGCGAAAAUCAACGCGAUGUUAAUGGCCAAAGGGAAACUGAAGCCGGCGCCCAGCACGGCGGACAAGCUGCAGGCUCUGGGAAAAGGUCCGUCUACAAGUAAAAGCAAAGAUGACCUUGUGGUGGCAGAGGUAGAAAUCAAUGAUGUCCCCCUCACGUGCAGAAACCUGCUGACGAGAGGACAGACUCAGGAUGAGAUAAGUCGACUGAGUGGAGCAGCUGUCUCUACUCGAGGGAGAUUCAUGACUGCAGAAGAGAAAGCAAAAGUGGGACCCGGAGAUCGUCCUUUGUAUCUUCAUGUCCAGGGUCAGACACGGGAAUUGGUUGACAGAGCUGUUAACCGAAUUAAAGAGAUAAUUACUAAUGGAGUAGUGAAAGCAGCCACAGGUUCUAGUCCAACGUUCAACGGAGCUACAGUUACUGUCUAUCACCAGCCAGCCCCUAUUACUCAGUUGUCUCCAGCAGUUGGCCAAAAACCUCCAUUCCAGUCAGGGAUGCAUUAUGUUCAGGACAAAUUGUUUGUUGGUCUGGAACAUGCCGUACCUACUUUUAAUGUGAAGGAGAAGGUGGAAGGGCCUGGUUGCUCCUACUUGCAGCACAUUCAAAUUGAAACAGGUGCCAAAGUCUUUCUUCGUGGGAAAGGCUCAGGUUGCAUAGAACCGGCAUCGGGCAGAGAAGCUUUUGAACCCAUGUACAUCUACAUCAGUCACCCAAAGCCAGAAGGUUUGGCAGCUGCUAAAAAGCUGUGUGAGAAUCUAUUGCAAACCGUUCAUGCUGAAUACUCCCGAUUUGUGAAUCAGAUAACCACUGCGGUACCCUUAGCAGGCUUCACACAGCCUGCCGCUAUAAAUAGCGUACCUUCCCAGCCAUCGUAUUACCCUUCCAAUGGAUAUCAGUCUGGUUAUCCUGUUGUUCCCCCUCCUCAACAACCAGUUCAGCCACCAUAUGGUGUACCAGGCAUAGUACCGCCUGCAGUGCCAUUGGCACCUGGAGUCUUAACAACACUACCUACAGGAGUUCCGCCUGUGCCGACACAGUAUCCAAUCUCUCAAGUACAGCCUCCAGCCAGCACUGGCCAGAGUCCACUGAGUGGUCCUUUUCUUCCUGCUGCCCCAGUAAAAACAACCGUGCCGACUGGUACACAGCCACAAGUCCAACCCCAUCCCCAAGGUCAAAAGAGACGCUUCACUGAGGAACUACCGGAUGAGAGAGAGUCAGGACUGCUGGGAUAUCAGCAUGGACCCAUUCAUAUGACUAAUUUAGGUACAGGCUUCUCCAGUCAGAGUGAAAUCGAUGGAGCCGGAUCGAAGCCAGCAAGUUCCUCAGGAAAGGAGAGAGAGAGGGACAGGCAGUUGAUGCCUCCGCCAGCUUUUCCUGUCACUGGGAUGAAAUCGGAAUCUGAAGAAAGAAAUGGUGCGGGGUCUUUACCAGGCAACCAUGAUCAUCAAGCUAAGAAGAUGAAAACUGCAGAAAAGGGCUUUGGAUUAGUGGCGUAUGCUGGAGAUUCAUCAGAUGAAGAGGAGGAACAUGGUGGCCAUAAAAACGCAAGUACUUUUUCACAGGGAUGGAGUUUGGGAUACCAGUACCCUUCCUCACAACAGCGAGCUAAGCAACAGAUGCCAUUUUGGAUGGCACCAUAAAAGCUGCAGAA